CACCAUAUGGGAAGCAACAUACACACCAGAGAACUGACCUUGUUUCUAAGCAAGCGGCCUCUAUUAUUGCAGAAAUGGCAAGCACUAGUCUCUUUCGUCUCUUUGUGGUUCUGCUAGGGCUCUCUCAUCUUCUAUCUUUGCAAGCAAUCCCAAUCACAAGAACUGAGAAACUUAUGCAGGACACAGAAGUUCAUGUUUUGGAGAACACCCACAAGAUUACAACAGAGAGAAACUUGGAGUUGGCGGAGCCAAGCACUACCAUCACUGAGAGGAUGGACUUGGAACUCCAUGACUACCCGCCCUCAGGAGCUAAUAACCGUCACACUCCAAGAGCACCAUGAUGAUAUGUGCGUGUGAAAUAAUUAAUGCUGUGUUGAAUAAUCUUACUUCCUUUUGGUCCUAGGCGUGCUUUUCCUACUACAAAUCGUAUAAUGUCAAGAGCAGUUGUUAGCAAUAUUGUCUGCUGUCUUGAUAGCAAGCGAUUAUGUGUAGUGAGAUAACUACUACUAGAGUUGAAUUCGAUCGGACCAAUAUUGAUGAAGAGUAGUAUUAUUUAUAAUGUUUAUCUGGGGACUUGGACCCCUUAGUGGUUGUUCAA